CUCUCUAGAUGAGACCACCUAUGAAAGACUAGCAGAGGAAACGCUGGACUCUUUAGCAGAGUUUUUUGAAGACCUUGCAGACAAGCCAUACACGUUUGAGGACUAUGAUGUUUCCUUUGGGAGUGGCGUCUUAACUGUUAAACUGGGUGGAGAUCUAGGAACCUACGUGAUCAACAAGCAGACGCCAAACAAGCAAAUCUGGCUAUCUUCUCCAUCCAGUGGACCUAAGCGUUAUGACUGGACUGGGAAAAACUGGGUGUACUCCCACGACGGCGUGUCCCUCCAUGAGCUGCUGGCCACAGAGCUCACUAAAGCCUUAAAAACCAAACUGGACUUGUCUUCCUUGGCCUAUUCCGGAAAAGAUGCUUGAUGCCCAGCCCUGUUUUAAGGACAUUAAAAGCUAUCAGGCCAAGACCCCAGCUUCAUUAUGCAGCUGAGGUCUGUUUUUUUUGUUGCUGUUGUUUAUCUAUUUUCAUUCCUGCUUUUGAGGACAGUUGGGCUAUGUGUCACAGCUCUUUCUUGCCUCCUACCUUGCCCCCAAGUUCUGAUUUUUAAUUUCUGUGGAAGAUUUUUUGGAUUGUCUGAUUUCUUCCCUCACAUUAUAUCCCUUGUCUUUUAUAAUGUCUUAUGCCUAUACCUGAAUAUAACAGCCUUUAAAAAAGCAAAAUAAGAAGAAGGAAAAAUUCCAGGAGGAAAAA